GGCGGAGGGGGCGCCGCGGGCGGGCGAUGUGAACGCGGCGCGCGGCCCAGGUGAAUUGAUGGAGAGAUGGAAGAUGAAAACUAAUCAAGAGGAGGAAUGUUCAGGCAGACCCUAGGAGUGCUAGCUGCCGAGUUGAUGUGAGCUCGUAUUUAUGCUGCUUGUCUUGCUGAGGAGCUCUGGCGAGUUACGGAUGCUCUUUGUCUCUGCAGAUUACGCCUCGUGUCAGUAGAAAUGGACAGCAGCAGUUUCAUUCAGUUCGAUGUGCCUGAGCACAGCAGCACUGUUCUGAGCCAACUAAAUGAGCUCCGCCUGCAAGGGAAGCUAUGUGACAUCAUCGUCCACAUUCAGGGUCAGCCAUUCCGAGCCCACAAAGCUGUCCUCGCGGCCAGCUCCCCGUAUUUCCGGGACCAUUCGGCAUUGAGCACUAUGAGUGGCUUGUCGAUAUCUGUGAUUAAGAACCCCAGCGUAUUUGAGCAGUUGCUGUCCUUCUGUUACACUGGAAGAAUGUCCUUGCAGUUGAAGGAUGUUGUCAGUUUUCUGACCGCAGCCAGCUUCCUUCAGAUGCAGUGUGUCAUUGACAAGUGCACGCAGAUCCUGGAGAGCAUCCACUCAAAGAUCAGUGUGGGAGAUGUUGACUCUGUCACCAUUGGUGCUGAAGAGAAUCCCGAGAGCCGGAAUGGAGUGAAAGAUGGCAGCUUCUUCGCCAAUCCUGUUGAGAUCUCCCCUCCAUAUUGCCCUCAGGUACGGCAGCCUCCAGUCAGCAGCGAUCUCCGGAUGGAGACGACCCCCAACAAAGCCCUUCGGAGCCGCUUACAGGAAGAGGGACACUCAGAUCGGGGGAGCAGUGGCAGCGUGUCUGAGUACGAGAUUCAAAUUGAAGGGGACCACGAGCAAGGGGACUUGUUAGUGAGGGAGAGCCAGAUCACUGAGGUAAAAGUGAAGAUGGAAAAGUCUGAGCGGCCCAGUUGUUCUGACAGCUCCUCCCUGGGUGAUGAUGGCUACCACACAGAAAUGGUUGAUGGGGAGCAAGUUGUGGCAGUGAACGUGGGUGCCUAUGGCUCUGUGCUCCAGCAUGCGUAUCCCUACUCCCAGGCAGCCUCACAGCCUUCCAGCAUGCCAGAAGCUUUUGGAAGUCAGAGUAAUUCCAGCCCAUCCAGGUCCAUGCUGAGCUGCUUCCGAGGCCGUGGUGCCCGCCAGAAGCGUGCUCUGUCUGUUCACCUGCACAGUGACCUGCAGGGUGCAGUGCAAGGAUCUGACAGUGAAGCCAUGAUGAACAAUCCCAGUUAUGAGAGCAGUCCCCGGGAGAGGAGUGCAAGGGGUUACUGGUACCCAUACAAUGAGAGGUUGAUCUGUAUUUACUGUGGGAAGUCCUUUAACCAGAAGGGAAGCCUCGACAGGCACAUGAGACUGCAUAUGGGAAUCACCCCCUUUGUGUGCAAGUUCUGUGGGAAGAAGUAUACACGCAAGGACCAGCUGGAGUACCACAUCCGGGGCCACACUGAUGACAAACCAUUCCGCUGUGAGGUCUGUGGGAAGUGCUUUCCAUUCCAGGGCACCCUCAACCAGCACCUGCGGAAAAACCACCCAGGUGUCACUGAGGUCAGGAGUCGCAUGGAGUCUCCCGAAAGAACAGAUGUGUACAUGGAACAGAAACUUGAAAGUGAUGUGUCAGUCUCAGAAAUGGCUCUAGAUUCCCGAAUGGAAAUCCACACAGUAUCUGAUGCGCCUGACUAAGGUGCUGCAGAGAAAGAGCUCCUGAACAAAGCACAUCAGUCAAUGCAUAGUUGUGAUUUGCUUUGUUGUAAUCUUUGGUUUUCCCCAUCUGGAAAUCUCUUGGUUUCUUGGUAGUUUCUCUGAAGGUUCUGGGUGUGGCACUUGUGUUUACCCUUAUCUCCUCUUCCCUCCCCCAGGAGCUCAAAGCAUGAAGGGCAGCAGAGCCAGGGAGAACACAGACUGAGAGUAUUCCUCCUUGGCUGAUUGCUUCUCCCAACUCUGCCAGUGAUUUAGCUAUGCCAACUGGUCGACCCCACGUUCUCUGCCAAGAGGCGGGCACUCUUUGACUGUGGGUGCUAGCCCCAGUGCAUUUUAAUGGAAAGAGGCUAGGAUGCCGUCAGCUGAUACAAAUGGGUAACCUUUUCUAAUUUAAAAUUAGUUUUAGGGGUAGUUAGACAAUUUAUAUAUAUAUAAUAAAGUGGUUAUUAUAUAUAUAGUAUAUAUACAUUCUCAAAUUGGGGUUUAUUCUGGUUGAGGUGAAUGUAAGAGGAAUAUAUAAUUUAAUACAAUGUGAACAGAGUCUGACUCUGUUUCAACCCCGCCUACUAUGUUAGUUUCCACCCUUUGUUUUCCUUACUGAAGAAUGUCAGUAGAUUUUCACAUACAGUAAUCAUUGUGUCCAAAUGCAAGCAAAGCAAAUCACAGUGUUCAUAGCUCUGCUUCAUAACAAACACAUAAACCAAAUGCCAUAAAACUCCUUCAACUGUAGUAGGAACCAUUUGGAACUUUUGUUUGUUGUCCAGCUGUGCUGGAUGACCUGUGGUGCUGACCUUUCUACACAGUGUAGUGUUAUACUAGCCAACCCCAAAGGAGCAGUGGUUUUCAAGGUUUUUACUACAAAUCUACCUACCUUCAUUCUGUACUGUAGAAGCAUACAUACCAGGUAACUAAUCAGAUCACUCCACCGUGAGUAGUGCUCUCACUAAAGGGCAGGAGUUUGUAGCACUUGCCUACAAAAUUCUCCAGGUAGUGUUGUGCUUUAUCGUUUGUUUUCUUUUGGUUUUUCUCUCUCUCCUCAAACAGCCAGUUCAGGUGCACAACAACUUUUUCUAUGCAGUUCCCAGGGAAGCUGCAGAACUUGGAAUUUGUACUUUUUGUAAAGCUGUACUCUACGGGAAUUGCAAGCAAUAUAUCUAGUCUUAGUAUUGUGUGUGCUAAUGAGAGCCUCAGUGGCUCCUCCACUCUCUCAGUGUUUCUUGCUUAAAGAAAAAAAUGUCAAAACCAUCUAAGAUCCUCAGUGUGUCACCAAAUCUGUGUGUAUGUCUCACCAUUUUUGGUCACGUGGUGCUAUUUUUAUGUUAAGUAUCUUUUAGGUCAGUAUUGUCUAGAAAAUGUGAAACCUACGAAUAGUGAUGACUUAUUUACUUUCCUCUCAAGUUCACAGCUUGAAAAGAACCCUCAAAAGCAUGUGCUGGCAAACGGGUUGUGUCUGAGUUGUAUCUGGUCAGCGCUUUGGAAAAUGUCUGUUUGCUCUUAGGUUCAUACACACCAACAGGCUUCACAAAUGCUCUGGUUCUGUGAACUCAGGCAGAGAGGGCAGUUUGAUAGGCAGUUUACAGGCCAGGUUUGCGGCUGACUGCAGAGACAGCAGCGCUCUAGUCUCUGCCUGAGUACCUGGGCUCUGAGACCCAGACUCAAGCAAAACCCAGAAACUGAGGACCAACCUCAGAGGCUAGGAGCUAAGGAAUACAAAAUAGAUGUUUGCUGAUUUGCCAUGCUUUUUUGGCUCUUAAAAUACCAAGAAUGAUGGGUUUGGGGGGAGGUGUUUUUGUUUAGUUUGUUUGGUGGUUUUGUUUUUUGUUUUGUUUUGCAGGA